AUGAGACUGAUUGUAUUUGGAUUGCUACUCUUGUUCAUUGUUCUGGAGACCGAGGGAACGCUUCAAAAUGGUGGCCUCUUUGGUCGUCGUGUGAAGCGUGGGCAACAACGAAUCGACGAAUCUUUUGGAAUCGGUUCCGAUACUGUGAUUAAACAAAUACAAACAGUGGAUGAACCGCAAGUGAUCACAAAAACAAUUCAAACAGUGCAAGAAAGUCCCAUGAUCACCAAAUUUGUAUACAACAUGGACGAUGGUAUGCCCGACAUCAGCGGCUUGAAUAUACCGGGGAGUGUUAGAGUGGUACAAGGGGAACCGAUUGUACAUAAAUACACCAUGGGAAGUGGAAAAGGACGUCAUCAUCGUCGUGGAUUCCGUCAUGGAUCUCAGCAUAGGCGCUUCAAGAGAUCUAUUCAGAACUAA